UAGAGAUCCCCAAAUCGAUCGAUCUCCAUAACUCCAUUGUUAACCUGGUUCAAAUUCAUGGAGAGAUCCACCAGUGUAUCCAAAAGAGAAAACAAUCAUCAAGUUUACGAUACCGAAGCAAUCAACGGUGUCGAUAAUAAUGAUAAGGAUAUGAAAGGAGAAAGAGGUGUUCAGGAUUUGAACACCGCAGAACCACCUGAAUCAGUUGAAAGAAUAUUCGAGGUCUUGGAAGUUCCAUCGUGGAAACAACAGCUUACUGUUAGAGCUUUCAUUAUCUCCUUUAUUCUCUCAAUCCUUUUCACUUUCAUUGUUAUGAAACUAAAUCUCACCACUGGAAUUAUCCCCUCGCUCAACAUAUCAGCCGGAUUACUUGGAUUCUUCUUCGUCAAGACUUGGACGAAGUUUCUAGACAAAUCUGGAUUACUUCGUCAACCGUUUACUCGUCAAGAGAAUACUGUUAUUCAAACUUGUGUUGUUGCUAGCUCCGGCAUCGCCUUCAGCGGAGGUUUUGGGAGCUAUCUUUUUGGCAUGAGCGAAACCAUUGCGAAACAGGCUACUGAAGCUAAUGAUCCUAGUAAUAUCAAGAACCCUGCUUUGGGUUGGAUGAUUGGAUUUCUUUUCAUUGUCAGCUUUCUUGGACUUUUUUCUGUGUUGCCUCUUCGCAAGAUAAUGAUUCUUGACUUCAAGCUUGUAUAUCCAAGUGGAACUGCUACUGCUUACCUUAUUAACAGCUUCCACACUCCUCGGGGAGCCAAGCUAGCAAAGAAGCAAGUGAAAACUCUAGGCAAGUUCUUCUCCUUUAGUUUCUUGUGGAGUUUUUUCCAGUGGUUCUUCACUGGAGGAGAUCAAUGUGGAUUUACAGCUUUCCCUUCAUUGGGUCUCAAGGCGUAUCAGAAUAGGUUUUACUUUGACUUCUCGGCUCUCUAUGUUGGUGUUGGAAUGAUUUGCCCAUAUCUAGUGAAUAUAUCUUUGCUGGUUGGAGCUAUCUUAUCUUGGGGCAUAAUGUGGCCUUUGAUAGGAAACCAGAAAGGCAAUUGGUAUUCUGCUGAAUUUAAACAAUCCAGCCUUCAUGGCCUGCAAGGUUACAGGGUCUUCAUAGGCAUUGCAAUGAUCCUAGGUGAUGGCCUCUACAACUUCGUCAAGGUACUAAAACACACAUUAACCGGUCUCUAUCGCGAUUUCUUCGUCAAAGGAUCCCAACCCACUAUUCCAAUAACCGGUCAAACCCCUCAAGAGAAAAUAAAAUCCUUCGACGACCAACGACGAACACAACUCUUCCUCAGAGACGACAUCCCGUCUUGUUUCCCCGUGGUCUUCUAUUGCGGUAUCGCAGUCAUCUCCACCGCGGUUCUCCCACACAUAUUCCCACAGCUGAGAUGGUACUACAUCGCAGUUAUGUACGCUAUAGCCCCUGUACUCGCCUUUUGUAAUGCCUACGGAUGUGGUCUAACCGACUGGUCCCUAGCAUCUACCUACGGAAAACUAGCCAUCUUCAGCAUUGGUGCAUGGGCAGGAGCUUCCCAAGGCGGUGUUCUAGCCGGUCUAGCUGCAUGUGGAGUGAUGAUGAAUAUUGUAUCGACCGCUUCUGAUUUAAUGCAGGACUUUAAAACCGGUUACAUGACAUUAUCGUCACCAAAAUCUAUGUUUGUUAGCCAAGUGAUUGGAACUGCAAUGGGCUGCGUUAUUUCGCCAUGUGUGUUUUGGAUAUUCGUGAACGCAUUUAAGGAUCUGGGGACUGAUGGAUCGGAAUAUCCUGCUCCUUACGCUAUAAUAUACAGGAGCAUGUCGAUUUUGGGAGUUAAAGGGUUUGGUUCAUUGCCAAAGCAUUGUCUUACACUAUGUUAUGUUUUCUUUGCGGGAGCUAUGUUAGUGAAUGCGGUUAGAGAUUUAGUUGGACCUAGAGUUGCAAAGUAUAUUCCAAUUCCGAUGGCUAUGGCGAUUCCUUUCUACAUUGGACCGUAUUUUGCUAUUGAUAUGUGUGUUGGGAGUUUUAUUCUGUUUGUGUGGCAGAAACUGAACCGGGCUAAGGCUGAUGCGUUUGGACCUGCGGUUGCUUCAGGUUUGAUUUGUGGAGAUGGACUUUGGACUCUGCCUAGUUCGAUUUUAGCGCUUGCAGGCGUGAAUCCUCCGAUUUGUAUGAAGUUUCUUUCGAGGAAGACGAAUAUUAUGGUAGAUGGUUUCUUGAAUUCCUAAAGGAAUAGAUUUAGAUUGUUAUAUAUAAGUGUGUAUGUACAAGUGAAAGUAAGUUAAGCUAAAAAAGUCAUGAUGUAAUGUGUUGGGCAACUCAUUAUUAUUAUGUUAUCUUAAGCUUUCUAUCA